CCCAGAUCUGGUGUCUUGUUUCGGCUUUCAUUUGAUUCCGAUUCCUGUUCGUUUCUGAGUUUCUUGGCGUUUGAUUUCGGUUGGGUUCGUUUUUUGUUUCGAUGGUUUCGAGGGGAGGUGCUUUGGUUUGUUGUUUCGUGGUGGAGUCAAGAGAAAAAACAAACAAACAAACAGUUUAAAUUUAGUUGUAUAAAGUGGUAGAUCUGCUUGUUGUCUGCAUUGCUGCUUUUGCUUUCCGUAUUUGCUGAUUCGCUGCGGUUUCUCUGAGACCAAGCCAUGGCUACUGGACAACUAUUUUCCCGGACUACACAAGCAUUAUUCUACAAUUACAAACAACUUCCCAUCCAGCGGAUGCUUGAUUUUGACUUCCUUUGUGGAAGGGAGACACCUUCAGUUGCUGGAAUUAUUAACCCUGGUUCUGAGGGGUUCCAGAAACUCUUUUUUGGUCAGGAGGAAAUUGCCAUCCCAGUACAUUCAUCCAUUGAAGCAGCUAGUGCAGCACAUCCUACUGCUGAUGUUUUUAUAAACUUUGCAUCAUUUAGAAGUGCUGCUGCUUCAUCCAUGGCUGCUCUGAAACAGCCUACCAUUAGAGUUGUGGCUAUUAUUGCUGAAGGUGUUCCAGAGGCAGACACCAAGCAGUUAAUUGCAUAUGCACGGUCAAACAAUAAGGUUGUUAUUGGCCCCGCUACUGUUGGUGGUAUUCAAGCUGGAGCCUUUAAGAUAGGGGACACUGCAGGAACAAUUGAUAAUAUCAUUCAGUCCAAACUUUACAGGCCUGGCUCUGUUGGUUUUGUUUCUAAAUCUGGUGGCAUGUCUAAUGAACUAUAUAAUACGAUUGCCCGUGUCACAGAUGGUAUCUAUGAAGGUAUUGCAAUUGGAGGAGAUGUGUUCCCAGGAUCUACUCUUUCUGAUCAUGUUUUGCGGUUUAACAACAUCCCACAGGUUAAAAUGGUGGUUGUACUUGGGGAACUUGGUGGGCGAGAUGAAUACUCCCUAGUUGAAGCCCUGAAACAGGGAAAGAUUAACAAACCAGUUGUUGCUUGGGUCAGCGGAACUUGUGCACGGCUCUUUAAAUCAGAAGUGCAAUUUGGUCAUGCGGGGGCCAAAAGUGGUGGUGAAAUGGAGUCUGCACAGGCAAAGAAUCAAGCACUAAGUGAAGCUGGUGCUGUUGUGCCCACUUCAUUUGAAGCAUUUGAAACUGCAAUUAAGGAAACAUUUGAGAAACUGCAUGAAGAGGGAAAGAUUACUCCUGUGAAGGAAGUAACGCCCCCGCAAAUCCCUGAGGAUCUUAACACUGCAAUUAAGAGUGGAAAAGUUCGUGCUCCAACUCAUAUUAUUUCUACCAUCUCUGAUGACAGAGGUGAGGAGCCAUGCUAUGCUGGUGUACCAAUGUCCUCUAUUGUUGAGCAAGGUUAUGGUGUGGGCGACGUUAUCUCUCUCUUGUGGUUUAAACGCAGCCUUCCACGUUACUGUACUCACUUUAUUGAGAUCUGCAUCAUGUUAUGUGCUGAUCAUGGCCCCUGUGUCUCUGGUGCUCACAACACUAUUGUUACAGCAAGGGCAGGAAAGGACCUCGUAUCCAGUCUUGUCUCAGGCUUGCUUACAAUUGGUCCCCGAUUUGGUGGAGCUAUUGAUGAUGCUGCUCGAUACUUCAAGGACGCUUAUGAUAGGGGUCUUACGGCUUAUGAGUUUGUUGAGGACAUGAAGAAGAAGGGCAUUCGCGUGCCUGGCAUUGGACACAGGAUCAAGAGAGGAGACAACAGAGACAAGAGAGUCGAACUUCUCCAACGAUUUGCACGCACUCAUUUCCCCUCUGUGAAGUACAUGGAGUAUGCUGUUGAAGUUGAAACAUAUACCCUCUCAAAGUCAAACAACCUGGUCCUUAAUGUAGAUGGUGCUAUUGGAUCCCUCUUCUUGGAUCUCCUUGCUGGCAGUGGAAUGUUCACCAAGCAAGAGAUUGACGAGAUAGUCCAGAUUGGAUAUCUGAAUGGACUGUUUGUGUUGGCUCGUUCCAUUGGUCUGAUUGGGCACACUUUCGACCAGAAGAGAUUGAAGCAGCCCCUAUACCGUCACCCAUGGGAGGAUGUCCUCUACACCAAGUGAGAAACUUACAGAUUGCCGACACAAUGGGUACCUGCUUCCAACAAGCAUUUUUCCCCUUUUAGAAAGAGUUUGUGAGCUAUUUGUUGGAAUGAUUAUUCUGUUGUUAGACUAGUAUUUGUGUUGCUAGUAGCCAGCUGAACACUUUCUUCCCUUGUAAGUUCUAAUUAAAAAGUUUAUCAAGAGAGGACUCUCUACCAUUUAAUAAGGAAAAAAAGAAAAAAGGUUGUUGAUGUAUCCAUAAAAUUUUAGGCUCUCCAAAUAAUAUCACAUGAUUCCAAGUGAAA